AUGGGUGCCGGCAAAACUUCGCGAAGGGGUCUCAAGAUAUGCUGCUGCGUUACAGCAAUUUUCAUAGUUAUCAUUGCUAUUGUUCUCAUUACCUUGGCAUUUACGGUUUUCAAACCAAAGAACCCAGAAAUCACAGUUUACCCUCAAGGCCUCGAGAACAUUGCUUUCGAUUUACAAGGCUUAGCGAUGCUCUCGAACACAACGGCGAAUGUCACGGUAGGGAUGAUCAUCGCGAUUAACAAUCGUAAUUACGGGAGCUUCAAGUUCAAGAACACGACAGCGCUCGUGAACUAUCGAGGGGGCGUCGUCGCCGAAAUUCCAAUCAUACAAUCGCACGUUCCGGCGCACGGCAAGCUUAACAUCACGACCAAUGCCGAUUUCAUGGUGGACAAAUUGAUUUCAAACCCUUCGUUUUGGGUUGAUGUAAUGGCUGGUUCAGUGAACUUUACAUCAGAAGCGACAGUGCGUGGUAAAGUGACCAUGCUCAAGAUUUUGAAGAUGCAUGCGUCGGUUCCUAGCAGUUGUUACAUCUCCAUUUUUGUCCAAUCUCAAAGGAUCGAGUCCAUAUGCAUGACCAAACUCAAGCUGUAA